AUGGACCAGGCCAUGAAAGAGGAGUCGCCGCCGAAGGAAGAGGACGCGGCGGGCGACACUUCUGCGCUCUCGCUGGAUGGCGACCGGGAGCAGGCGUUCCGUGCCAGCCGCGUAACGGGGACGCGAUCCAUCGAGGUGGCGCUGGCUGAGAUCCAGAUCAUCAAGCAUAACGUCUACGUACAGCGGAAAGAGCGCAAACUGGCCGAGGUACUUGCU